GCCUAUCGCUAUUUCUUAGCUAAACGCCAGGCCAAGCGCGGAGAUGUGAAUUUCACAAACUCAUUUAAAUAGGCAACAAAUAAAACGGCCUACAUAUAGCCAUUAGAAGAUAAUCGUAAUCAAUAAGUUAAUUCUAGGAAAUGGCCAUUGAUUAAAGUUUGUUAUAGAAAGAGCUAAAGAAGAACGAGCAUUCCAAAAGUGCGCAGUAAAAAUCAAUAACUGUUUGUGGGACACACACAUACACGCACACCCACAUGUAAAACGCUUAGCCUGCGAGCAACAAGCACCCACACACAAACAGACAUACAAAAUGUCCGACGAAGAAGAAGAGUCCUUGUCGGAGGGCUUCUCAGCGAGCGAAGAGGAUGAGUGGAAACCGAGCAAAGAUGCGCGCGGAGGCGAAUCCUCCGAUGACGAUGACAGCGAAUUUGAGGAGUCGCCCGGUGGAGCAGCAGCAGCGGGUGCUGCAGCCAGCGCCAGCGGACGCUCCUCAUCGUGCGCCAAUAAAAAGAGAGAACAGAAGCCACCGAGUGGCAUAAAAGGCGCCUCGGUGAAGAAGCGAAAGUCAAGCGGCCAAUCGUUGCGCUCGAAGCUCUAUAAACAAUAUCGUCCGCUGCCGAAAACCUUUCCCACUUCUCCCACACAGCAGAAUUCCCCAACAGCGUCGGCUUCGGGCUCUGCCAGCCGUUUGACGGCCUCAAAAAACGCCAAAACGCCCAAUGAAAGCAACAACACAAUAGACUCCAGCAGCGAAUCGAGCGUGGAUGACUACCUAGUCAAUCCAGCUGACCUCGAUUUAGGUUCCAGUUUCUUCACGGCCAACCGAGAGAAAUCCCCCUCAGUCCCGCCACCGCAAUUCGAUUGCAAUGCGGGCAUAGCGCAACUCUCUGACUCCGGCUCGGGAUCAGAGGAUAACAACGAUAGCAGUUUGGAGGAUAAGGCUUUCGAUUUUCGUGAUCUACUCGAGAAUGCGAACAGCUUGGAGCGCACACGCGAAGCGCUCCUCAGUAAACGGAAUGCCACAGCCACACCGCCGGCUACCAAAACGGCUGCAAUGGAUGUCAAUGCUUUGCUUGCAUUGGGCGAGAACCAAAACUACGCCAAACAGACGGAUAAUAACCAACCAGCGGAGAUGCACGAAUCGAGGCGUCGUUCGCUAGGAGCAGGAAUAGGAAGAGCUGCAGCAACUGGAGCGGGAGCAGAGGCAACUGGAGCUGCCACGCAGCCACCGCCCCUGGAUGCGCCAUCGCGUCUCAGCAAAACCAAAUCAACACGCAUCAAGAGGCACACCAAGACCAGGCCAGCUUCCACAGUUCUGGCCGCUGGCGACACCGAUGACUCCGAUGACUUUGAGGAAGUUGCAGAUGCUCAACUGAGCAGCGAUGAGGAUCCGGAUGCCACGCCCAAUAUUUCGGGAGAUCUGGAAAUCGUUGUGGGCGCCCAACCCACGCGGCUGACCAAAGAGCAGAAGACACAGCAUGAAUUGGAGCUGGCAUUGAAGCGUCGCAUGAACCGCGACAUCAAGGACCGCCAGCUGCUGAUGCACAAAGUGAGUUUGCUGUGCCUGCUGGCGCGCAGCAUCAAAUACAAUCGCCUGCUGGCAGACACGACAUUGAUGCAGGCGGCGCUCAAGCUGCUGCCCAGCCGCAAUGCGUAUCCCACCGAAAAGGGCGUGGAGCUGAAGUAUUUGCAGUCGUUUGUCACCUGGUUCAAGACAGCGAUAAAGCUGCUCAGCCAGGACUUGUAUCCGACCCAUGAGAAGGCUGGCUCGAAGCGUGCCAUAAUCGAGCAGCUGCUGGAGCAGAUCAAGCGCAAGGAAGCCCGCUGCAAGCAGGAUAUGAUCUUCAUAUUCAUUGUACUUGCACGCGGCAUGGGCAUGAACUGUCGCCUGAUUGUCAAUCUGCAGCCGAUGGCGUUGCGACCGCAGGCCAGCGACUUGAUACCCAUCAAAUUGAAGCAGGAGGAGAAGAACAAGAGUCAGACGAUUAAGGCUGAGCAGGAGGAGGAGGAGGAGGAGGAUGAGGAUUUGGAGGAACAGAAGCCAAGCGCGUCCAAGCCUCGCACAACUGUUAAGCGAUCGGCCAGCAAGAGCAGUCCGAAAGCUGAUACCAAAACCAGCUCCAGCUCAAAUAUACCAGCCAAAACUGCCAAGAAAGAGACUGAAGGGCUAAAGAGAGGCAGCAGCAGCAGCAGCAGUAGCUCCAAGAAAGCCAAUGAACAGCCCAAGGGCAGCUCAGCCAGGUCAGGCAACCAGAAAGCCAAAAGCAAACUCUCCGACAGCAAUUCGGAAGCUGAAGCCAAGGCCAGCAGCUCCAACGCACAAAAGCCAAAGGCUAGCAGCUCACGCUCUGCCACAACUGCUGCAGUCAAGGUCGAAGCUGAGGCAGCACCCAAACCUAGCCGCUCGGCUGCAAAGACAAUCGAAGGCGCCCCCGAAGCGAAGCCGCAGCUCUCGCGCCUGAAGCGCGCACCGAAGCUGCCCGAGACGAUUGCAGUGAAGCGUGCCAAGGAGCCGCAGUUGCAAGUCGAGCCCUCGCCAGUGGCGCGACGCACACGCAAAGCAUCCGCCGACAAGGAGCGAGUGGCAGAAGUUUCCUAUCCAGCAGCUAAAGUGGGCUCGCCCGUGAUACCCAAAGUAAUGCUGGCCAAUGGCAAGGCGAGGAAGGCCAAGCCCAAUGAUGCAGAGAACGCCAAGCCAGGCGAGAAUCAGCUCGUGGAGCCUGAGACGCGAUCGCGCAGCAAGUCGCCCAAGGCAUACAUCUCCACACAGUUCCUAAAGGGCCAUGAGGCAGCUGCUCCCUCAGCCGCUGUGAAGGCAGCCAGAACCAAGUCCACCAAAGAACUGGAGCCCAAGCGGGAGCUGCGUACGCGUCAGCAAAAGACUAAAGCACUGGGCAUACCCCAGCUAGAUGGCGGCGACGAUAGCGUGCCAGUGCCCAAGAAGCGCAUAAAGCUGGAGAAGUUGCAGAAAUCGCAUAGCCAGGGCGGUGAUUCAACCUCUGGCGGCUCCACGCCCAGUCCGGCCAUCAAGAAGGCGCCGGUGCUGCCCAAGGCAGUGCAGCAUCUACGCAAGGAUCGUCGCGUGCUCUCCACAGACGACGAGAGCGUCAAGGAGAAGAGGAAAACAACGGCAUCCGAUAUGUGGGUGGAGGUGUGGUCCGAUGUGGAGGAGCAGUGGAUAUGCAUAGAUCUGUUCAAGUGCAAGCUGCACUGCGUGGAUACCAUAAGGCGAAAUGCUUCCUCGAGCCUGGCCUACGUCUUCGCGUUCCAGGACGAUAUGAGUGUAAAGGAUGUCACCGCACGCUACUGCCCCAACUGGACGACCACAGUGCGCAAGUCCCGUGUGGAGAAAGCCUGGCUGGACGAGACACUGGCUCCUUAUUUGGGCAGGCGCACCAAGCGUGACAUACGCGAGGAUGAGGAACUGCGUCGCAUCCACUCGGACAAGCCACUGCCCAAGUCCAUAUCCGAUUUCAAGGAUCAUCCCUUGUACGCACUCGAGCGCCAUCUACUCAAAUUUCAGGGCAUCUAUCCGCCAGAUGCGCCCACUCUGGGCUUUAUACGCGGCGAGCCGGUCUACUCCCGCGACUGUGUGCAUCUGCUGCACUCGCGCGACAUUUGGCUGAAGAGUGCGCGCGUCGUCAAGCUGGGCGAACAGCCCUACAAAAUAGUGAAGGCGCGACCCAAGUGGGAUAAGCUCACGCGCAGCGUCAUCAAGGAUCAACCGCUGGAGAUCUUUGGCUAUUGGCAAACGCAGGAGUAUGAGCCGCCCACAGCCGAGAAUGGAAUUGUGCCACGGAAUGCCUAUGGCAACGUGGAGCUCUUCAAGGCGUGCAUGUUGCCCAAGAAGACAGUGCAUCUCAGACUGCCCGGAUUGAUGCGCGUCUGCAAGAAGCUGAACAUAGACUGCGCGAAUGCUGUUAUUGGCUUUGAUUUCCAUCAGGGCGCCUGUCAUCCCAUGUACGAUGGCUUUGUGGUCUGCGAGGAGUUUGCCGAGGUGGUCAUCGCCGCCUGGGAGGAGGACCAGCAGGAGCAGGCGCGCAAGGAGCAAGAAAAAUACGAAACGCGCGUCUACGGCAAUUGGAAGAAACUCAUCAAGGGCCUCUUAAUACGCGAGCGCCUCAAAGCUAAAUAUAAUUUUUAAAUUCCCCUUCUUUUCGUCUCACUGUUUAAUGUUCGAAGUGUAUUGCGUAUU